CUUAAUUUGACAGAGAAAUGUAUCGAAAACUAAAUUUUAUUAUUGCAUCAUUGAUGGUGAUAGGAACAGUUCGUUGUGAAGAAUCUAGUGGCUGUACUGGUGAAGCAUGUUCAACCGAUCCGUCAAUAGAUAUUUCAAAUGCAACACUGAUCUCGAAUUUCAAUAUUUCUCUGUUGAAUAAACAAUAUGCAUCUGAAAUUGGAGAAGAGAUAAAGCAAGAACUAGAAAAGGAAAGAAUGGAAAUAGAAGGAACAGCAGACGAUUUGGGUCUUUUUAAAGAAUCUGGAUUAAAUGUUGAACCUCGUGAUAAGUCAAUGCCAGAAAGCAACUAUAGUGCCAUCCUUCGGUAUAUUGUUGACCUACAGAAACUUUAUAUAUCCAUGAACGGAAAAGUUUCAUCGGCGCUACAGAGAAUAUCUAUCAUUGAACAAAAAGUAUCAAAAACACGGAAAAUAUGUCAAUCAGGAAAUUUCGGUCAACAAUUACAUAUUCCUGGGAACAGUUUUCCAGCUUCAGCGUACAUACGGUUCUAUCCAGCAUUUGAACACACACCUGCCAUUGUAUAUGGAUUAUAUCUUUAUGAUACAUCGAGGCUGGCUAAUUCGAGAUUCAGCACCAGAGUCAACAACCUUUCUACAUAUGGAUUUAAUAUUAGCAUAACUUCUUGGGCAGACACCAAAAUGUAUGGAGCUCGCAUUUCCUGGAUGGCAUGUCUCAAAAAUGUUUAAUAUACAACAGGACAAAGUCAUCAUGAUUUGGUUUAUCGUACUUACAAUGUUUACUUGAUUUCCGUCACAACAUUUUAAACAAGGAACGAAGCAUUCAAAAACUUAUUCAUGUAGUAUAGUUUUAAAAAGAUAUUGUGCUAAACUUCUAAAAACUUUCGUAAUUGAAUAAUAUGGUUUUAAAAAUUCUCACCACUUACAAGCAGCGCAUUCUAUUCUUUUCUUCUUGAAAAAAAACCCAACAUUUUCACUCUAGUGUCAACCCGAACUUAAUAUUAGUAAUAACCGUUAACAAAUCAGUGGUUUUCAUUUUUUAAAACAUGUUGGCAGUUCUUUCGACUCUUUAUUUAUGUAGAUCACUGACCCUCCUCUUACUUUUCGUCACAAGAAAGGAAACCAAUAAAUUAUUGUAAGCAUUUAACGUAUCGAUCUAUAUGUAACACACUUUUGUAUAUACCUGUUGUCAUUUAUAUAAUUUUCCAAUUGAUUUCUUAUAAUAAUUAUUUGCAAGAAAACAAUUAUACAUGUCAAUGGGGUUGAAGAUAA